UUGUGCUGCUGGGUGGAGUUGUGUUGAUGUGUGUGAUUGUUGUAGUUGAUUAGCAAUCAUCGCGAAAAUGAAUGUAAUCGAUCAUGUGCGGGAUAUGGCUGCUGCUGGCCUGCAUUCUAACGUUAGGCUGCUGAGCAGUUUGCUGCUGACCAUGAGCAACAACAACCCGGAAAUGUUUUCACCGUCGCAGAAGUACCAGUUGCUUGUCUAUCAUGCUGAUUCACUUUUUCACGACAAGGAAUACAGAAAUGCUGUCAGCAAAUACACCAUGGCCCUCCAGCAAAAGAAGACGUUAACCAAGACUUCCAAAGUGAGGCCGUCUACUGGAAAUACAGCCACCACGCCACAAAAUCAGAGUCUGCCUUCAGAGAUUGAAGUCAAAUAUAAGAUGGCAGAGUGUUACACCAUGUUAAAGCAGGACAAGGAUGCUAUAGCCAUUUUGGAUGGAAUUCCUUCACGACAGAGAACCCCAAAGAUCAACAUGAUGUUGGCCAAUUUGUACAAGAAGUCUGGUCAGGAGCGUUCAGCUGUCACAAGUUACAAGGAAGUUCUCAGGCAAUGCCCGUUAGCCCUUGAUGCCAUCCUAGGUUUGCUGUCUCUAUCUGUAAAAGGUGCUGAAGUCGCAUCCAUGACUCUCAAUGUCAUCCAGAGUAUUCCCAACUUAGACUGGCUUUCUGCUUGGAUCAAAGCAUAUGCUUUUGUUCACACUGGAGACAACACAAGAGCUAUUAAUACAAUCUGUUCUCUCGAAAAGAAAUCUUUACUGCGAGACAACGUGGAUUUGCUUGGAAGUUUGGCGGACCUCUAUUUUCGAGUGGGCGAUAAUAAAAAUGCUAUUCUGAAGUUUGAACAGGCACAGAUGUUAGAUCCCUAUCUCAUCAAAGGGAUGGAUAUUUAUGGAUACCUGCUUGCCAGAGAAGGACGGUUAGAGGACGUAGAAAAUCUUGGUUGUCGACUGUUCAAUAUAUCGGAUCAACAUGCAGAGCCGUGGGUGGUCUCGGGGUGUCACAGCUUUUAUACCAAGAGACAUUCCAGAGCCUUGUAUUUGGGAGCCAAAGCUAUCCAGUUAAACAGUAAUAGUGUCCAAGCUUUGCUUCUGAAGGGGGCAGCCCUGAGGAACAUGGGAAGGGUACAAGAGGCAAUUAUCCACUUUCGGGAAGCAAUCAGGCUGGCCCCCUGCCGCUUAGAUUGUUGUGAAGGUCUCAUAGAAUGUUACUUGGCGUCCAACAGCGUUCGGGAAGCCAUGGUAAUGGCCAACAAUGUGUACAAAACCUUAGGAGCCAAUGCACAGACCCUGACUUUGCUGGCAACAGUGUGUCUGGAAGAUCCAGUGACCCAAGAGAAAGCGAAAACCCUUUUGGACAAAGCUCUUUUACAAAGACCGGAUUAUAUAAAGGCAGUGGUGAAGAAAGCAGAGCUGCUCAGUCGAGAACAAAAGCACGAAGAAGGAAUUGCCCUUCUGAGAAACACUCUUGCCAAUCAGAGUGACUGUGUCUUGCAUCGCAUGCUGGGAGACUUUCUUGUGGCUGUGAAUGAGUUUCAGGAAGCGAUGGAUCAGUACAGCAUCGCCCUAAGCUUGGAUCCUAAUGACCAGAAGUCCCUUGAAGGAAUGCAGAAAAUGGAAAAAGAAGAAAGCCCAACAGAUGCCACUCAGGAAGAAGAUGUGGAUGACAUGGAAGGGAGUGGAGAAGACGGAGACCUAGAGGGUAGUGACAGCGAAGCUGCCCAGUGGGCAGAUCAGGAGCAGUGGUUUGGAAUGCAGUGAGCUCUGUGGGAAGGAGGCAUUAUUCACAUAGUUUGUUAUUCCUCUAUAUUUAUGCUAAGAAAAAUCUUAGCUUACAGAACAGUGACUUCCACACCAAGGUGGAGCUUAAAGAUAGCAGCUUCUGUGGCACAUUAUGAGAGCCAUAUUAUGUACAGGUCACGAGAAGCAUUGUGCCUAACAGAGUUUUUGCACUCUCCCUUUGGUAGGAGGCAUAUUCCUAGCCGUAAUCCAUCAAACAUUUUGAUUAUGAGAAGUUUCCAUCUCUCAUCAGUAGAGAGAUUUUUAAAGGCCGACGUGUAACGCUUCUGUUACUUAAAGCCGUUUUCCAAGACUUGUUAAAAGAAAAGUGCGUCAGCGCUGGCUGAACAGCUUUCCAUGUUUCAUCUGUGUUUGCUACUUGGAUAAAUCCCCAAUUGUAGUGUGUUAAAUCGCUCACUAUGUCAUAAACCAUGUAAAAUCCACCGUUAAAAGUUCAUCAUCAUGCUAUGACUGGCUGCCGAUGAUCGGUCUUCUAAGUUUCUUUGAAUUGUUUUGAAUCGCCCGCAAGAUCUAUUUUCCCAUUUUCUUGAUGCUGUAUCGACUGGUUAAAAAUAUAUAAAAGUUACAGGUUCCAUUAACUUAAUCAUUUAGGAUUCUAUACCUUCUUUAAAGGUAAAACAGAGUAACGCCUAGAAUCAAUAAUUUUUGAUGGUCCCAAGCAGAUGUUUUUCUGUACAUAACCCUGACUUCUGUCUAAAGUGAAUGAAGUAACGUCAUUUUUUUUCAUAAAUAUAUACAAUCCUCCUCAGUAUGGUUAGCCAGAAUUCUUUCCUACAU